AUGGCAACAAUAGCCGGUCCCGUUUUAGACGCAGCGGAUCCGGGAUUCCGUCUCUUCGGUAGAUUAAUCGACAACGGUAGCGCUCCAAACUCGCCCGUCUCAUCGCAGCCGUUGACCUGCGACGCCAAUCAAUCUCUGCCGUCAUCUCUUCGUCAAGGGCCUCGACCCCGUGCCGAAGAUAACGCUAUUCUCGAUUCCGCGAUUCGUCAGACCUCGGAUGAGUUUCGCAGAACCGCCGCGGCCGCCACUGCUGCAGAGAAUAGAGGAGAGGAGCGCGAGGACGCAGAGGGGAACGACCGGGAGGAGAGCUCCGAGUCCCAAGACGCGUCGGCGGAGCGGGCGAAACAGGAAGAGCAGGAGCGGGAGCUGCAGCAGCAGGAGGGGGAGGGGCAGAAGCAGGGGGAAGGAGGUUGCGAGUUGAAGCGUCCAACCACCCCGCUGCCUUGUCCCCGUUGCAAGAGUCUCGCUACCAAGUUUUGUUACUUCAACAACUACAAUCCGAACCAGCCGCGCCACUUCUGCCGAGCCUGCCAGCGCUACUGGACAGCCGGUGGCAAUCUGCGAAACGUGCCUGUGGGUUCCGGUCGGCGAAAAAGCAAAGUUCCGUUACACCCGCAACAGCAACAGGGUAACCAGCAGCACCAGGCGUCGCAUCAGGAAGCCCAGGCUCAGGCUCUCGCCCAUGGCGAUCCAGCCGCCGGCGUCUCGCCAGCAGCGCUGCUCGCCGCAGCGGCGGCGGCGGCGGCGGCAGCGACGGCAGUCCAUUCACCUGCCGUCGGGGCAACCAAUCCGUUAAUGCCAGGUGUCGCCAGUCCCUUUCUCUCCGCUCUUUCCGGCGCGUCCCACGCUCUCUCCGUGCCCUCCGCGGCGUUACCUGCUGCCUACGGUCUCCCGCCAGCCGCGCUUUCCUCGCACGGAGCUUUCCCUCAGGCGGAUCUCUUGCGCCAAGGCGUUUCCCCAUACUCCCCGGGCCUCUCCGCGGGUCGGUCUCCCGCCAAUGUGGCAGCGGCGGCGGCUGCGCGGACCAUGGCGCUGGCGGCGGGCGCGGGGCACGUCCCUGCGGGGAUCUUUCCGGGGAUGGGCGGAAUGGGUAUGGGCAUGGGCGCGGGCAUGGGGGGCGCUGCUUCCGAGUACGCAGCCGCGGCUGCUGCUGCUGCUGCUGCUGCUGCGGCGGCGGCGGGCCAAGGAAUGUCCUCUGCCGCUGCGGGCCAGGAAAUGGCGUCUGCGGUUGCAGCAGCCGCCGCUGCCAUGGCUGCUCAAGCUGCUUCAGGGGGUUCGGCCCUGCAGCCGUUCUCUCAAUUCCAGAUGCAGCAGUUUCUGCACCUGCAGCAGCAGCAACAACAGCAACACUACCAACGGCAGCAGCUGCAACAGCUUCAGCAACUGCAGCAACAGCAGCAAUUGCAGCAGCUGCAGCAGCUGCAGCAACAAGCACACCUCGGGUCUUCCCUUGCCGCUGCAUCAUUGCACUCUCCCUUCUCCGCCUCCCCGUAUAGUCACCUCGGCCAGUGGCCCUACGCCUCGCCACAAGCACACUGGCCAGGAUCCGCUUCCGCUUCGGGUUUCCCCGAUGCAGCCGCGUUCUCUGCUGCCGCCGCCGCCGCCGCUGCUGCGUCGGCAAGCAGUGCAGGUGCGGCUGCUGCUGGUGCUGUUGGUGGUGCUGCCCGCUCGCUCUCUCAAUCUGGAUGUGAGAUGACUCUUGCACCUCCAGCACCAGCAGGAGGAGCAGCAACACUGGCAGCAGCAGGAGCGGAUGGUGCAGAGUUGAUGGAGAAGCAGCGGCAAAUGGCAUGGCUGGCCGGUGCGUCUGGUGGAAGCAUGGGUACAGGGUCAGGACAGGCAGCAGGGCACAGCACUGGGUGGGAGAAUUUCCGUGCAGCAGUUGCCACAGCUGCUGCUACAGCUGCUGCUACAGCUUCUGCUGUUGCAUCUGUAGCAGGCAGGCAAGGCGGGUUCGACCACAGUAGAGCUGUCCCCUCUCUGCCCCUUCUCCCCCUGCACUCCGCCUCUGGUUCCACCUCCCCUCCUCUCCUGCAUCAAGCGCUUGCAGCCGCUGGCCCUGCUGCUACCGUCCCCGCUACAGCAGCUGCAGGUGUCCCGGCUACUCAAGCUGCGGCUACAGCUUCUGGGCAGCACAAGAGGCCGACAGGCACUGGUAACCAGGUGGUGGACUAUCUUGGGAGAAGCCCUCCUGAACACCAGCAGCAACAGCAGCAGCAGCACCUUGGGGCCGGAGCAGAGGAGCCAGCUGCUAAGAGGCUCUAUCAGGAGUUCAACCCUCCCACCUCCCGUGCUCCUAGUCUCGCCCGAACCACCCCUCCCCCGGCACCUCCGCCCAACGUCCCUCCACCCCUCGCCAUUCCCAUUCCCUUUCUCAACUUGCGCCCACGUUCCCGCUCCCCCAAUCCCGCGCGCUCCGCCUCCCCCUCUGGGGCACGCUCCCGCUCCCGCUCUCGGUCGCGCUCCCCUCACCGCCCCUGGCGCUGGUUCACCGCCGAUGCGCAAGACUCCCCGCGCCAGCCCCGUUCCCCUGGCCCAGCCCCCGACCCGCGGGGCGCUGCCCCCGCCGCUGCUGCCAGCGCAGGCGCAGGCUCCGCGGGUCCCUUUUCCGCGGCUGCUGCGCGGGUGACGGGCUUUUUCGCUAGGCCGCACUUCCGAAGCAGUUCUCCAGGUCCGGUCCGACCCAGGGCGCCGGAGCCUGAAGCGGAGGUAUGUGAUUAUCCCGCUCCUGCAACGAGAGAGCUGGUGUCGUUUCGUGAGCUGGUGGCAGGGGCGAGAGAGAGGACGCACGCUAAGGCACAAGCGGAGAGUGCUAUUAACGCGGAUUUGUUCUCAGGCGAAUCAGCGAGACACCAGCAUGUGGAAUCGAAUCCGCGGAACCUUGUAGCGGGUACAAACGCGGACAACCUUACCGGAUCUUCGAUAGAGACUGUAGAGCGUUCGACAAGGGCAACAAAAAAACCUCCAUCUAUUCCACAACUUUCAGCUUAUAGCGGGGGUGGCGCGGACAGGGAACCCAGCAGCGAUCCGUACUACGUGCCUGGUGCCGCUUACUACGACAGCUUUCAAGCUGCCAGCGCGGAGAAAAGGAAACCUGCGGAGGAACGGCGGCAGCGCAGGAAGGCGCGGGCUGGUGGGGAUGCAGAUGUAGCAAGGACUGGCGGCGGUGGUAGCAGCGGCGUUGGUAGCAGCGGGGGCGUUGGCCCCAGCAGCAGAGGGGGAGGUGUAGGGGCUGCAGCGGAAAGUGGGUGGGAGGAGGGGUGGGUGAGUCCAGAGGAGAAUCCGUAUCUGAGGCCUGACGGGACUUACUACAGCACUCCGGUGGCUGGCAAAGGAAGGAAAGAGAGAGAGGUGAGAGAGGCGCUUCGAGAGAGUGAGCAGCAAGAGGUGGCUCGAGAUGGUGAGCGGAGGGUGGUGGUUCCGGAAGGGAAGCAGGGAGGAUUGUCCCCGGACGCGCAGCAAGGGGGGUUGUUGUCCCCUGAAGGGGGGCAGGGAGGGCUAUCCCCUGAAGGGCGGCAAGGGGGGUUGUCCCCUGAUGGUGCCAGUUCCGACAGCCACAUUGACGCGUCCUCCCCACUGCCGCUCCCCCAAACGUACCUUCCGAACGCUGACUAUGCUGGUUUUGCCGGGUAUGGCGGGUAUGGCAGCUGCGGUAGUGACUCCUCCCCCACCAUGUUUCCCCAUCACCUCCCCUCGCACCCCCACGAUCCCGCGUGCCUGUCGCCCCCGUCUGACCCCCACGCGCACCACACUGUUUCUGACCAGCGCUCUGAUGCCCCCCCACGUGACUCGCAGCAGCAAUACCCUCUCUCCCACCACCCACACGCUUCCCAGCAGCACCAGCACCAGCAGCAGCAGCAGCAAGCCUACCAAGGUCCCUCCCACCAGCACCAGCAACAGCAGCCGCAGCAGCAGCAGCAGAACAACGCCCCGCCAGCAGCAGCCUAUCUGCUGCGCAGAACGCCGUCCGCUCUGAACCGCUUCUCCCUGCCGCGCAAGCCUGGGGAGGACGAGGAGCAGGAGCACCACACGCGGGGCACAGGGUCCAAGCGGCAUGCUGAGAGUGGCGUUGGGCGGCUGAGCAGCAGAGGUAGCAGCCGCAGAGGUGCGGCGGAGGCAUCAGGACUAGGUGAGGCUCGGCAUCUGGCUGGCCUGGUUGGCUCGGACGGUGCCACAGCUGGUUGGUCGACAAGGGGAGGACCGGAGGGGUAUCAGCAGGAGCAGCAGUGGGAGGAAGUGGAGAGAGGGGAUGGAGUGAGCGAGGUGCCUUUUCACGAGAUCGUGGCGGGAGCAAGGCUGAGGUCUGACUCUUCCCUCUCCGUGUCGCACAAUUCUCUCUCCAUGUUGUCACAUAAGUCCCUCUCUAUUCCCUCGCACACAUCAGGUGAGCAACAGCCGCCUGCAGCAGCAGCAGCAUCCGUUCAAUCCGCGUCCGCUGCUGACGUGGCUCCGUCCCUCGUCUCGUUCGUGCCUCUCCCCCUGAGCACGUACAGUGAGGGCGGGUUGGGGGGAGAGGAGGGUGCUGGCGGGGGGGAUGGGGGAGGGAAGGGGGGAAGAGGAGGGGUGGGGGGAGAGGAGAAAGCGGAGGAGAGGGAGGGGGAGUGGGAGGGGGAGAUGAUGCGGAAGGACGGCGCUGGGGAGGAGAGGGCGGGAGAAGAGACGAAUGGGCCCGAAGGGAGGAGGGCGGGGCGAGCAGGAGGGGCCUUAGGCGGCUGGUCGAAAGGGAGGAGGGGGACAUCGGAGAUUGAAGAGGUGGUGGAAGGGGAGGGGGAGAGGGCGGACGGGCAAGGAGAGAGGUGGGGAGAGGGGGCGGGAGGAGAGGGAGAAGGAAUGAGGUGGGCGAGGAGGGAGGAGGGGAGGGACUUGUCGAAAGGAGACAGGUGGGAUGCGGAGGGGAGGGAUGUGGGGCAGCAGGUGCAUGAAAACGACGACGACCCUUGGAUGCAGCGGCUGGGGCUGCUUCAGGUGAAACCUCAGGUGGAAGCUCAGGUGGAACCAUUAGAGCAUGCGGACGUGCAUGCUAGCGGGAAGGAGCGCAGGGAAGCAGUGACAGGAACUCAAGAGCAGGAGCAGGAGGAGGGGGGGUACAGGGAGAGGAGUGAGAGGCUGGAGGAGAGGCAGAGGCGGUAUGAGGAUGGGCUUACGCGGGCGGAGGCAGAGCAGCGAAUGGAGGGUGCGCGGGGCAGAGAAGAGGGAGAGGUGGGGUUGAUGGAGGGGAUGGGCGGAGAGCGAGGUAGGGAGCAGCAUGGUGCUGAUGCUGGGUCCCGUGCUGGUGGCACCGCUUAUGGCGCUGAUGCUGAUGCUGAUGGUGCGAGUGGUGGCGCUAAUGGUGGUGUUGGUGAUUACAGCAGUGGGAUGGAUGUGGAACGCCAUGCCGGUCCGUCCAAUGACGUAAAGGAACGCAGUAGAGACAUCUCAAAUGGCGCAGGUGCAUCAGGUGCUGCUGCUGCUGCUGCUGCUGCUGCUGCGGCUGCGGUUCCCAUGCAUGCGCAUGCGUCAGGUGGCGAAGGUGAUGCUGCUGAUGCUACAGCGGCUCCCAUGCAUGUGUAUGCGUCAGAACCAGCCGAUCUUGAGCCACAUGCUAUGGGCGCCCCACCAGACCUGCUGCCGCCUGCACAGAAAGCCAAGGGGCAACAUGCCAUGGGUUACCACCCGCACAGCGUUACUCAUCCCCACACACCAAUUCACCCAUCGAGCCCCACCACCGUUCUGCACACCACUCAUUCUCACUCUACUCAUUCUCACACUGCUCACGCCCAUACUGCUCACGAACACACGUAUCCGCACUCGCAGCUGCUCUCGCCCGCACACCCCCAGUCACACGCCCUGCUCCCCACCAGUCCGCCCGGCGACCCCUUUGCGCCCCUGCCUGCUGCUCUGCGCGCUGGGCUGCUCAGACGGCUAAAGGAGGCCGACUCUGCUGCUUCCCUCAAGGAGGACAGCCCCUUCAAUCCCACUGCCGGCCCUGCCACCCCUGCUGCUGCUGCUGGGUCUACCAGCGCUGCUGGUGCUGUGGAUGGGGCAGGUGGAGGUCCCCUUAUAAGCAGGUCCGCUAAGGGCAUUUUGUGUCGGACCAAGGUGCUCAAAGCAGAGGAGGGAGGGGGCAGGCGGGAAGGGGGCAGGGGGGAAGGGGGCAGGGGGGAAGGGGGCAGGCGGGAAGGUGCUACUGAAGGUAGGCGCGUCCGGGCAGAGGGAAAAGAUUCAGGAGCUGCCCGGGCGAGGUGGCGGCAGGAGCGGGGGAGCAAGAGCGGGGGGUGUGGAGGUACAGGGGAGGAGGAAGGGGGCGAGGAGGAAGGGGGCGAGGGGGAAGAGAGCGCGGUGCAGCAGAGUCUGAGGCAGUUAGAGCAGGCGCUAGCAGCGGGGAGAAUGCCCGUGGACGCUGCUGCCCUCCGCCACGAGCUGCUGCUGCUCAUGGGGGGCGGCGCGGGGCAUGGGGCUGUGGCAGGGGAAAGCGGGGGGGAGGUGGGGGGAAGCCGGGGGGAGAUGGGAAGAGGCCAGAGGGAGAUGGAAGGAAGCAGAGGGGAGAUGGAGGGAGGAAGGGGGGAAGUGGGGGAUGGGGAGAUGGGGAUGACGAUGGGGGGACGGGGGGAGGAGAGGGCGGGGGGAAUGGGGUCGAGGGGGCGAGGCAGGUGGGAGGUGAGGGGUGAGGGGAUGGAGCAGUGGUGGGAGGGUGGGAGGGAGGAAAGGGAGAGUGAGAGGGGAAGGGAGGAAGGGGAGAGUGAGGGAGGCCUUGGGAGUGAGGGGGGAGGAGAGGUGGAAGAGUAUGGAGGGGAGUUGUGGAGGGACGACAGCAGUUCAAAUCCCACCACCGCUGCCGCUGCCGCUGCCGCUGCUGCUGCUGCUGCUGCUGCUGCUGCUGCCAUUAGUGCCAUUGAUGCUGCUAGCACUGCGAUUGGUGCCCAGGGUAGAGGUGAGGGCCGAGAGGAGAACACGUGGGAGGGUGGUGUGAGCGAUGAGAAACGGCAGCAGGUACUGGCGCUAGAGGCGCCUGAGAAGGUCCAGAGUGGAGAGGGCGAGGGAGAGACGGUGGAGGUGGGGUGGGGAGGCACAGGCGUGUGUGAGGGAGGGGAGGAUCCUGAGGGGACUGAGAAGGUGCAGAGUGUGGAGGGCGAGGGUGAGAUGGUGGAGGCAGGGUGGGAUAGAGAGGGAGCGAGAGAGGGUAUGAGUGCAGGCGUGGGUGAGGGGGCAAGCGAGGGCAUGGGUGAGGGAGUGAGUGAGGGGGUGGGUGAGGGAGGGGAGGAGGAGGAGGAGGAAUGGAGUGAGGAGGACGUACGUUCUCUGGAGAUGCUGCGAGAGGAGACUUUACUGCACCCCGUGCAGGCAGUGCAGGCAGCAGCAGCAACAGCAGCAGAAACAGGGGGCGAGGGGCGUGCACACAGCAGCAGCGAGGGGCGUGCACACAGCAGCAGCGCCCUGCCUGCUGCUCGCCCUGCCUCAGCUUCUGGGUUGUCGUCGGUAGCGGGGGGAGGGGGGGCAGGGGGGUUGUCGUCGGCGUGGCACUGGUUGCAGCAGGUGGAGUUGGCGGAGGCAGAUGGGCACGUGCCUGUGGCGCUGCAACUGUUCGACCUUGCAGAGAAGUGCGAUGCUCAGCCGGCCUCGGCUCUCAUCGCUGCACGCACUGCCUUCAUGCAACGCCACGGCCUGCUGCCCACUCAACAGCAACAUCAACAUCAGCACGACUACAAGCAUGAGCAGGAGCAGGAGGAGGAGCAGGGGCAUCAACGUCUAUAUAAAAAUCCACAGGAGCUAUCGCAUGCAGCCAGGGAUGCAUCCACUCCUGCUGCUCCUCCAGCCAAGUCACAGCCCAAAUGGGAAGCGGGAGGUGGUGGAAUAACAGCAGGUGUGGGUGGGAGCCGGGAGCGAGAGGCAGAGGCAGCAGCAGGGGAAGGGGUGUUGAGGUUGCAACGGCUGGUGGGAGGAGUGGAGGGAGCAUCAGGAGCAGUAGGAGAGGCGAGUGUGAGGGAUGCAGGAGGAGAGGGAAGGGCGGGUGUGGGAACAGCAGGAGGAGAGGGAGGGGUGAGCGUGGGAACAGCAGGAGGAGAGGGAGGGGUGAGCGUGGGAACAGCAGGAGGAGAGGGAGGGGUGAGCGUGGGAACUCCCUCACCCGUGAGGGCUUGGAGUCGAGGGGCACGGGAGCGGGAGAGGGAGAGGGAGAGGGAGAUCACUGCAGGGAUCUCUUCAGAAAUCACCAAGGGUUCAUAUGAUGGUGCUGAUAACAUCCCCAGCACAGCAGCGUUUGGAAGCCCAUUCAAGGCAGCAGGUGCAGCAGCAGCAGGAGCCGCCUCAGGCUCUCCCGCCCGGCCCCCCUCGUCUGCUCUGUCCCCCAUAAAACCAUCCUCGAUAAACGCCGCGGCAGGGGCGUCGGGCGCAGCAGCAUCAGGUGGAGUGGGGUACUGGCCGUCUCCCUCUGCCUCGCCCUCGCCUGCUCGUGCUGCCCGCACGGCCCUCUUCUUUGAAACCGUCAAGAAGGCUGCAGGAGUAACGGCGGAGGCAGCAGCGGAGGAGGGGAGUGGCGCCGGCAGGGAUACUCGGCGGAGGGAGGGGGCGAGUGCAGGGCAAGGCGCGGUGGGGGGGGAGGAUGGCAUGUCAGGUGUAGGAAGGAGUGGGGGAGGGUUGGUUAGCAGCAGUUUUGGGGGGGCUGGUGGGUGUUCUGGGGUGGGGGGUGGGACCUCUGGUGUGGGGGGGGGUAGUCCCAGUGUGCUGGAGAAGCUGAGGCGAGCCAAGGCUCAGCUGAUGCAGCUGCAGCAGAAUUACCUCAGAGACCCGCCACCGCACUCCACCGCCUCGUACUCCUCCUCGCCUUCAGGUGCUACCACGGGGAAUUCACCCUCGCUGCAGGUUCAGCCAGAUGUGAGAAGAGCAGAGGGUGGUUCUGGAACUGCUCAGGUGGGAACAACAGCAGCAGGGAGAGAAGGCAUAGAGGCGGGAGGAAGGGGGACAGCAGCAGAAGCUAUUGAGGAAGCCACAGCUAUAGCAGCAGCAGAAGCAGAAAGAGGUACUGGAAGAAGAACAGCAGAGGGGGCGUUUGGAGCAGCACGAGCAGCAGGAGCAGGAGGAGCAGCAGGAGCAGCCACUGGUGUUAGUGUAGGAUCUGAAUCCCCAUCCUCCUCUCCCCACAUCAUCUCCCUCCCUUCAUCCGCCUACUCUCAUUCCUCCUCUGCCGCUUCCCCUGGGGUCAUCACCCCACUCUCUCUCGACCGCACCCCCAGCAGCAGCGCUCAGAGCCAGCGCUCCGAACCUGACCCGCUGCUGCUUGGGCCCACCCCCGCCCGAACCGACGUGGCUCGGUAUGAGAAGGCUCGGAAGGGCCUGCCGAGCCUGGACGAGGAGGCGCCGAUUGCGGGGUGGAGCUCGGACGAGGGUGGGGGGUUAGGUUCGGGGAGAAGGGGUGGAGGAGAUGUGAGGGAUGGAGCAAGAGAAAGGGCAGAGGAGGGGGGAGAAGCAGGGGCAGGAGAUGGGAGAGAGGCAGGAGGAGCAGCAGCGGAAGGGAGGGGAAGAGACGAGGGUAAAGCAAAUAUUGGUGGGGAGGAGGCAGAGGGAGGAGGAGGAUCGAGCGUACGAGCAGUGUCGCCCGUGAGAGGGGGAUGGAGCAGAGGGUCAGGAGGCGUGGGGAUGACCGGAGGGCCACUUGGGAAGGGAGCAGCAGCUACUGGUGCAAGGCCAGUUGCUGGGGGUGUGGGGGCAGGAGGGGUAGAAGCAGAAGGAAGUGAAAGAACGGCAGGAACAGGAGGAGGAGGAGAAGGAGGAGGAGAAGGAGGAGGAGAAGGAGGAGGGGGCGAGGCGAUCGAUGCUGCAACUGCUCAGCCGAUGGCGUGGAAAUCAGGUGAGAAGGAAGCUGUGCAAGUGAGGAUGGAGUGGUAG